CCCUCUGCUUGUCAGGAAGCAAGCUGAUUGGCCGAGGCCUAGCAAAGAGUGCCCGGGGAUCCAAAACUGCAGGCCGCACUUAGCUUACCGUCAAAAAUAAACCAAAAAAAUAACAGACAAAUCCGAGAAGGGGGAGAAACGCCGAUAGAGUCAGAAGACAACGUUAUCAGAAUAAUUCAGUAUCUUGAUGGAAGGAAGCACAUCAGAUAUCCUGUUGGUUUUAUUGUAAAGAUUUUCUGUCGUCAAAUGUGAAGUCUGUUUUUACGGAGUGAAGACAUGGAUCAAGGAGGAGGGGUGUUAGAGCUGCACACUCAAGAGCUGAAGAUGCCCCAUGCUAUGAUCAUGCAAGAUUUUGUUGCAGGCAUGGGGGGUCUGGCUCACAUUGAUGGGGAGCACAUUGUGGUGUCGGUGCCAGAGGGUAUGCUGCUUUCUGAUGUCAUGACAGACGAGGGCAUCCUCCUGGAGCACGGACUUGAGGUGGAAGGUCUGGAGACUCAAGUUGUUCAAGGCCUGGAGACGGAGGUAGUGGAGAGCUUACAUGCAGAUGUAGAAGGCUUGGAGGCAGAAGUUGUUGAAGGGCUACAGACACAGGUGGUAGAGUUAGAGGCUCAGGUUGUUGAGGGCCUAGAGGGAGAAGUGGAAGUGGAGGGUCUCGAGGCGCAAGUGGUGGAGAGCCUGGAAACUGAGGUUGAUGUGGAAGGUCUGGAAGCCCAUGUUGUUGAGGGCCUUGAAGAGGAAGUGGAGGUGGAGGGCCUAGAAGCUGAGGUCGUCGAGGGGCUGGAGGUGGAUGUGGAAAGUCUGCAGUCUCAAGGUGUGGAGGCCCAUGAAAUGAGCACUGAAGACAUGGUGCCUUCAGAACACAGUGUAAUCAUGCCUGAAAAUAUCCUGGGGACUGAAGUUGCGAUAGAGGAAGCCCUGGACGCCCAUCACCACCAUGUUCUGACCUCAGACCUCAUACAGGACGCAAACCACCAUCAUGACGACAUGCCAGACCAGGUGUUUGUGGCAGAGCUGCUGUCUGAACACCAGGACAACACACUGGACCACCAGCUUGUGUCUGAAGGGUUGAUGGUGACCGAGGCCAAUGCCGAGACCAUAAUCCACGAACAGCUGCCAACUGAGGCUGUUCCCCUACAGACAGAUGAGGAUGAUGAUGCAAGGAGUAGCUCCGAGGAUUACCUGAUGAUCUCCUUGGAUGAAGUGGGAGAAAAGUUGGACAUAGGGGACACUCCCCUUGAGAUCAGCACUGAAGUAAUGGAAGACAAAGACUCCAAAGAGGAGGAUGGCUCUGAGGUCAUAAAAGUCUACAUCUUUAAAGCUGAAGCAGAUGAUGAUUUGGGUGGGACAGAGGUAAUAACAGAGGAUGAUUACCAGAACGGCCAUCCUGAUUUGGAAGCAGCUUCAUCGGGCAGACUGGGAGUCGGCCGUGACAAAAUGGUCUACAUGGCAGUCAAGAACCAUCCAAAGGAAGAAGAGGAUGAUGAGGAUGACAGCGAUGAUGAUGAAGAUGAAGACAUUGGUAAUACAAUUGAUCAAGUGAAGAAUGGAGCAGCUACACCAUUUUUGCAAAUCCGUGAGGGACUGGGUGCAAACCGUGCUCUCAAAACCAAAUCGAGGAAGAAGAAGAAAGGCGAAACACGGCAGUGUCAGACUGCUGUUAUCAUUGGACCAGAUGGGAUGCCUUUGACCGUCUACCCUUGCCACAUCUGUGGAAAGAAGUUUCGCUCGCGGGGCUUCCUCAAAUGCCAUAUGAAGAACCACCCGGACCAUCUGCUCAAGAAGAAGUAUCAGUGUACAGACUGCGACUUUACCACCAACAAGAAAAUCAGCUUUCACAACCACUUAGAGAGUCAUAAGCUCCUGAGCCACAACAAUGAGCGAUCUCCAGAGUAUACAGAGUACGCGCGGCGCUACCAUGAGUCUAGCCCACUGGGCUCAGACAAGCUCAUUGUCAAGGAUCGGGAGCCCAAACUGCAUCACUGCAAGUACUGCGAUUAUGAAACAGCUGAGCAGGGCCUGCUCAACCGUCACCUGCUGGCUGUGCACAGUAAGAACUUUGCACAUGUGUGUGUUGAGUGCGCCAAAGGCUUCCGUCACCCAUCAGAGCUGAAGAAACAUAUGCGCACCCACACAGGCGAGAAACCCUACCACUGCCCGCACUGCGAGUUCCGCUGUGCAGACCAGUCCAACUUAAAGACUCAUAUCAAGAGCAAGCAUGGCGCAGAUCUGCCUUUCAAGUGCAGCCACUGUCCCCAGGCUUACGCUGAUGCACGGGAACUGCAGCGCCACAUAGAGAUGGUGCAGGGCCACAAGACCCACCAGUGCCCGCACUGUGAGCACAAGAGCACCAACUCCAGUGACCUGAAGAGGCAUAUUAUUUCAGUUCACACCAAGGACUUCCCCCAUCAGUGUGACGUGUGCGAGAAAGGCUUUCACAGGCCCUCAGAGUUGAAGAAACACGCGGAAACACACAAAGGCAACAAAGUGCACCAGUGCCGGCAUUGUAACUUCAAUGCACCCGACACUUUCACCCUGAGUCGCCAUAUCCUAUCCCUGCAUACGAAGGACCUACCCUUUAAGUGCAAGCGCUGCCGGCGAGGUUUCCGGCAGCCCGCCGAGCUGAAGAAGCACAUGAAAACGCACAGUGGUAGAAAGGUAUAUCAGUGCCAGUAUUGUGAGUAUAACAGUACGGACGCUUCUGGCUUCAAACGCCACGUCAUCUCUAUCCAUACCAAGGACUACCCCCACCGCUGCGACUACUGCACCAAGGGCUUUAGGAGGCCUUCAGAGAAGAGCCAGCACAUAGCCAGGCAUCACAAAGACAUGUUGAUGUAAUGUCAUUGCACACAAACACACUCCUCUUUACCGAGUAAAUCUGUGUCACACACACCCAGAGGUAAUUUUAGUGUAUUAACAAAGAAAUAAUGGAUGCAGGCAGUUGAUGAAGAAAACAACAUUAUAAUUGCUGUUCUGUGUUCUGUGUCGUUUUGGGUCUAAACCUCCUGCCCCCAGGAGUAAAUGCAAGAACACGUUUAAGGUUGGGGGUUAAAUCUGGAAAAAAACAAACAAAAAAAAAGACAGUGUGUACACUGAGUGGGACAGUUGUAAAUUGUCUUCGGUGGCAGAAAAAAAUCACAUAUGAACAUAUAUUCAGGGUUUCAAAUGUCUAUAUUUUUAUACCCACUCAGCUGAAAUGCUGCAAGAUGAUGACUGUGUCUAGUAAAACAGAAAAGCGGUGUUUUGGGGACGUCAUGCUAGUUCUCCAGAUGAUGUGGAACAAGUACAUGAGAAGUUUGCCUCCAUAGUACCAACUAGUAUCUUGACCUCAUGAACCAGCUUUUACCCUGACAUUUAUUUCUUUUUUCUUUUCUAAUGCCAUCUGGUCUUUAAUGAACAGAGCCAUUCACAAGUUCAAAAUGGGUUCGUCACUGAUGUUGAGACAUAAUGCAUCUUGAAAAAUAUGUUUCAUUAAAUUUAACCGUUGAACUCACAUCAUUUUGGAUUUUCCUCUCAACCCUGAACUCUUGGAGCCCCAUUAAACGAAUCGUGUAUAAAACAGUAUAGACUAUUUUCAGUUAAAUACGUCUUACAAGUUGAAUCAGAAAUGCUACUCUCUGGUCAGCAGAGUAGCAUGGAGCAGAAGGGUGGAGUUGGUAUGUUAGAAUAUCCCUUUAGUGUACACAUCUCUGACUGGUGUAUUAUUAUUAUAAUUAUAAUUAUAUAUGACCUUGACAGAUGGUUGGCUUCACAUAUAAUAACCAGUGACGUGGUUGCGUGUGAAUGCCACUGUAAGUACGUGUGAUGUUACCUAUGACACAGAUAACCAUUUGAUAGCAAUCAUGCCUUACAUCCGUUAAUCUUUAUCCUUUAAGCACUGAUGCACACCGCUAAUCAGAAAAUAAGUGAUUUUUAACUCUCAAACAUGCUGUAUCAAUGCCAUUCUCUCAGAGAUUAUGUGUUUGAGUCAGUAGAAAGCACUUUAAUAAUUUUGUUUUUGUAUUUUAAUGACAUGUAUGAGAGUUUAUUAUCUGGGGAUAUGUAUAGAUAAAUAGAUAGAAAUAUCCCAAGAUAUUAAACACAUACAGAGCUUUGUGAGUGGGUAAAGGUAAAGAUUGUUUUUGAGUGUUAUCUCUAAUGAGCGGGCAGCGAUCAUUACUGCAUCACAACUGAAUUGUCAUUGAAAGUGGUAGGUGAAACCGCUUAUUGUUUUGUUCUAUGGAUAAGUGAUUGGGUUUUGUGUUUUUGUUUGUGCUCACUAACAAGUUUCCCAGACACUAGCCCUACAAUCCCAAAUAGCCCAACCCAGUCCCAAGCACGGGAUUAUUUCCUUCAAGUCAUUGCUCAUCAUAUUGGCAUUAGUCUUUAAAGUAUGCACAUAUGCUGUCUCCAUGAAAUUAAUUGUGGUAUAUAUUAAAAAAAAAUCCCUGCAUUUCGUGUACCUUAGUCUAUAUUUUCUUUCAGUCUGAUUGUGGAUAAACUACUGGUGGGGAAGAACCAAAAUAAACAAUUAUCUUUUUA